AUGAACUCUUUAUAUGAAUUGGAUCCUAAAUGGAAAAAACUACUGACAACGAACAAUUUCCUGGGUGGAUUAACGGUUAAUGAAUUCGUCCAGGAAUUGAGCAAAGAUCACCAUAAUGACAUGUUAAUUGACGCCAACACAAAGAACCUUUCCGCUAAUGAAAAAGGUCAUGAUGCAGCCCGAGAGGCUAUUUGGAAGCAGUUAGACCCAAAACCGUACAUUAGAACAUUUGAAUCCACCCUAAAGGAACUAAAAAACUUGAAUGAGGAAACAUUGAAUAAAAGGCAGUAUUAUUCCGAGCAAGUGGCUACUCAAGAAGUAAUACAUUCGGAAAACGUUAUAAAGUUAUCUAAAAAUCUACAUACAACGUUGCUUACUUUUGACAAACUCGAUGAUCGUUUAACAAAUGUCACUCAAGUUGUUUCGCCCUUGGGUGAUAAAUUAGAAACAGCUAUCAAGAAAAAGCAAAACUAUAUUCAAAGUGUGGAAUUAAUUCGUAGGUUCAAUGACUUCUAUUCCAUGGGUAAAUCAGAUAUUGUUGAACAAUUAAGAUUGUCUAAAAACUGGAAAUUUAACUUAAAGUCUGUGAUACUAAUGAAAAAUCUACUAAUAUUAUCAUCUAAAUUAGAGACAAAUUCAAUACCAAAGACAAUUAAUACAAAAUUGAUUAUUGAAAAAUAUUCUGAGAUGAUGGAAAAUAAACUGUUAGAAAAUUUCAAUUCUGCCUAUAGAGAGAAUAAUUUCACCAAGUUGAAUGAAAUCGCAAUCAUCCUCAAUAAUUUUAAUGGUGGUGUUAAUGUCAUUCAAAGUUUCAUCAAUCAGCACGACUAUUUCAUUGACACAAAGCAAAUCGACUUAGAGAAUGAAUUUGAAAAUGUUUUCAUAAAGAACGUGAAAUUUAAGGAAAGACUGGUUGAUUUCGAGAGUCACAGUGUUAUUGUUGAAGCAUCCAUGCAAAAUUUGAUUAACGAUGUGGAAACCGUAAUAAAAAAUGAGUCUAAGAUUGUCAAAAGAGUCUUUGAAGAAAAGGCCACCCAUGUGAUUCAGUUAUUCAUUCAGAGAGUUUUUGCUCAAAAAAUUGAACCAAGAUUCGAAGUUUUAUUAAGAAACUCCCUUUCCAUUUCAAAUUUGGCAUAUGUGAGAAUACUACAUGGACUUUUUACGUUAUUUGGUAAAUUUACUAAAGGUUUAAUCGAUUAUUUUCAAUUAUUAGAAGUUGACGACAGCAAUCAGGUCUUAUUAACAACCUUAGAACAAUGCUUUGCCGAUUUGUUUUCCCACUAUUUAUAUGAUAGGUCCAAAUAUUUCGGUAUCGAAAAAAGAUCUCUAGAGACAAUUCUGGUGGAAAUGACAUCAAAGUUUACAGUAAAUUAUGACAAAGAGAUUAACAAAAGAUAUUUAUUGGAAAAAUAUAAGGAGAAGCUAUCAACAAACGUGGAUGCAUUUAUAUAUUCUUCUAAGGGCAAUACACACUCCCGUCAAGAUUCUACAUCAAGAAGUAAACUGUCACAGUUUAAUUCCUUUCUGAAAACUCAUUUAGAUAAAGAUCAUUUGAGUCUAAAUCGUACAAACUCUUUAGGUGAAUCUUUCACAAACAGCUCUUCCUCUACACAGUACGAUGUAGCAAACAACUCUUCGGGAUUAAUGAAUUCAAACGGUAUUAUAAAUGAUGUUGAUACUAGUCCAAAUGGCCCCUUGAACUAUUCUUUAGACGAUGUGGAUUGUAUGUUAAAGUGCGUAGUGGAGUCUACUGCAAGAGUAAUGGAGUUAAUUCCAAACAAGGCACACCUAUACAUUUUAGAGAUAUUAAAAAUAAUGUUCUUGGGGAUUAUCGAUUCAUACAUGGAAAUAGCACUAGAAGUGGCAUACUGGAGAGUAUGUAAAGUUGAUAUCAACAAAUCAGCGGGAGUAUUAAACUUAAAUUUCAUGAAGUUUAUUUCGAUGAGCACAGAAAUUUUGGAUUUAUUAUCAAUUUCAAUAAAGUCCAUUUUCUUACCGUUAUUAAAUAACUCACCGGAAAUCAAAGCUCAAAUCAUUGAAAUGACUAAUUCGCAAAUUCAAAAGAUGGAGAUAUUGAUCAAUAUAAUUCUGCAGGAGACCAUCACAGUAAUUUCAACUAAAUUCUCCACCGUUUUGUGCAAACAAAAGAAGAAAGAUUUCGUACCAAAACCUCAAGAACUAUUAGAUCAAGAUACUUUACCGGCGAUUGAAAUCGUCAAUAUUUUAAACUUAAUUUUCGAACAAUCUUCUAGGUUUCUCAAGGGAAAAAAUUUACAAACGUUUUUGACUUUGAUUGGGGAAGAGUUAUACAGUCUAUUACUAUCACAUUAUUCACACUUCCAAGUCAAUUCCGUUGGCGGUGUCGUGGUAACAAAGGAUAUCAUAGGCUACCAAACCGCAAUAGAAGAAUGGGGGGUAGCGGUCUUGAUUGACAAAUUUACCACUUUGAGAGAACUGGCAAAUCUAUUUACUGUCCAACCCGAAUUAUUAGAUUCAUUGACCAAAGAAGGACAUUUAGCUGAUAUUGGAAGGGAUAUAAUUCAAAGUUACAUCUCUAAUAGAGAGGACUUCAACCAUGACAAUUUUAUCAACGGCGUUAAACUGAAUUUUAGAUAA